AUGUUUCGCGUAUUUCUUUUCGUGAGUUUACUAUACCUGGGAACCAAGAGCGUCGAUGGACUUCAAAAAUGGGGUACACAGUUCGGGCAAGCACCUGUGUUAGAAAGAUUUUUCUGGAGAACGGUGGACUUCGCCUAUCCAGAUGAAGCCAGCAGAAAAAUGGCAAUGAUGAAAGGAGAAUUCAUUCCAGAAAACGCGUUGCCUGUUGGCAUAGAAAUUUGGAGAAACAAGCUGUUCGUCACCGUACCGAGAUGGCGCAAUGGAAUACCGGCGACAUUAAACUACAUAUCGCUCGACACAAAUCGAGGUGGCUCACCGAAGCUUACCCCUUAUCCGAAUUGGGCACAAAACAAAGCUGGAGCUUGUGGUAGUGCAAUUACUACUGCUUAUAGAAUACACGCAGAUGUCUGUGACAGACUCUGGGUGUUGGAUACUGGUACGAUAGGUAUUGGAAACACUACGAUACAGGCAUGUCCUUACACUCUGAAUGUCUUUGAUUUAACAACGGAUAAAAUUUUAAGGCAAUAUAGAUUGAGGGCUGAAGAUAUUAAUAUGAACACUUUCAUCGCCAAUAUUGCAGUCGAUUUGGGAAAAGGCGGUUGCGAGGACGCUUUCGCCUAUAUGUCUGACGAACUUGGAUAUGGGCUGAUCGUAUAUUCUUGGGAACAAAAUAAAUCUUGGCGGCUUACACAUAGCUAUUUCAUGCCAGAUCCUCUGGCCGGGGACUACAAUAUCGGUGGUAUAAAUUUCCAAUGGGGUGAAGAAGGAGUCUUCGGUAUGAGUUUAUCUCCUAUCGCUGCCAAUGGAUAUAGGACAUUAUUCUUCCAUCCUCUAAGUAGUAGAAGAGAAUUUGCAGUUUCUACACGAAUUUUAAGGGAUGAAACCUUGUCUCAAGAUAGUUACCAUGAAUUCCAGGUUCUUCCUGAAAGAGGACCACUUGGCCAUUGCACUUCUUCUAUUAUGGAUGAAAAUGGACUUCAAUUUUUCAACUUAAUCGAUCAAAAUGCAGUAGGUUGUUGGAAUUCUGUGUUACCAUAUGCACCUGAAAACCAUGCGGUCGUUGCUAGACACGAUGAAGCUAUGAUAUUCCCAGCAGAUGUUAAGGUAAAUCGUGGUUUGUUAUGGAUUAUAUCAGAUAGAAUGCCAGUAUUCUUACUGUCAACUUUGAACUACACCGACGUGAACUUUAGAAUAUUAACAAUACCAGUUCGAGAUGCGAUCGCAGGUACAGUUUGUGAAAAUGUAUCUCCUUGGGGAUACGUUAGCAAUUCUCUUUGGUGGGAAUCAUAA